AUGGACAAAGCCUCAGUGGUUAAGAAGCUGGAUGCUGAGAUGAGAAAGCUCUUUGCUGUGAAGAACAUCACAGAGAGCUCCGGUGCCCUUCACGUGAUGAAGUACUUGGAGGACAUGGGCUCGAGAGACCUCGUGGACAAGCUGAAGGAGGUGAAGCAUCGGCUGGAGACCAUGGGCGUCACAUGGCAGUCGGAAACGACUGCAGUGCCUUUCGGAUGCGGGACGCAUGAAUUCUGGCUGUUCGCUUACCAGCUGAGCCUGAGCAUGAUGCGGGGAGUUCCGAAGCAGGUGAACGUCUUGGAAACGGUGCGUAACUUCAUGGACAGUCCCUUCAGUUCCCAGCGUUCCCCUCUGACAGUCCUUUCUCCUGCUGGUGGUGAGCUGGAUCUCGGGUUCCAUGUUUCAUUGGGCUGCACAAGAUCCCUAGCUGCGAAAAUCUUGUGCCUCAUGAGCCUGGGGCUCACGGAUGAGGAGCUCUUUGCUGUUCGUCAGGAGAUUUCCGCAUGCAUCCAGGUGAAGGUGGUGAUGGAACCUCCUCUGCCAGUCGGAGAUCAAGUGGCCCACUCGAUGAGACAAAAGUUUGUGAUCGCGGAGUCCACACGACCAGACAUCCUCCAAAUGUAUAUUGCACUCGACCGCAGCUUCACUGCACAAGGCCUGAGGUACGUCAGCGAAAUCAAGAAGUGGAUUCAGAGUUUCAAUGCGAAAUCGUCUGUGGAAGCCGCCAAAUUGUCCGAGAUGGAAUGUCGGAUGCUUCUGCUGCUCCCGCAGCAGAAUGAGGCGUUUUUCCAUCUGCUCGAAAAGCACUGGGACUCGUUUAAAGCCAGCGAAAGCGGAGUGACACUGCGCACCCUGUGCUCCACCCUGGAUCCUCAGCUCACGAAGUCAGAUGGCGCCGGGCUCUGGGCGAGCAUCUUGCAGCGAACACCGGAAAAGAACACCUUUUGGCUGCGCAGAGAGGUGACUAUCUUCUUGCACAACGUGCAAGACGCUGUCCGAAGCACAAAAAAGGGGCAAACCUUCAGCCUCCGGAGUCGGGCUCCAAGGUUGAGGGACGCAAGUCCCGAUCAGGGCUAUGCUAUGGUUGGUCUCUUCGUCCAGUUCCGGUCGGAUCUACUUCGAAUGCUUGGCGAGGAUCUCUAUGCGAAGGCGGAAACGUCGUUCCUCAGGGGCGUCUACGAUCGCGAGUUUGCCGACAAGAUCAGGAGUCAGGAUCCGGCCCUUUCUGUCGAGAGCUUUCAGUUUGCUAGCAUCUUGAUGGGCAGCAACACGACUGUCCGCUCAGUUGCAAUGAUGGAAGCGGAAGCGAACGAAGCGCUGGAGCAGGCUCAGCUGAAGGCGUGGCAGACGAAGGUUCUGAAGGAAUCGACCUUGUUCGACGAUUUCGUUAGCCGCCGCCGUCAGCACCUCAUGACUCGUCAGGCUGACGAGCGACAGCAUCUUCUUGAGGAGGAGCAGAAGUUUCAGGAAGCCGCACAGAAGUACCUGGAUGAGUGGAUGCCCACGGUGUUCGUGCAGAAGGAGGGCUAUGUGGCCUCCCAGGUUUUGCACCAGGUGGCUGACUUUGCCCUGAAGCAGAGUGUGACGGAGGACGCCCUGAACAGCAUCCUCCUGCUUGACUUCACGAAGCUGGGCACGGCUUUUUCGAAGCACCUUCUUGUUUCGAUACAGAUUGUGGCUGACACCAUCGCCGCAUUCCCGCAAAGCAGUGCUGCUGUGAUCUUCGCCCCUAAUACAGGGGUAUGGGGCUCCACGUACGGGGAAGGAGACGCAGAAUCUGCAACAGAGAAAGUCGAGAGUGAGUUGAAAAACCUCAAGGCUCAGCUUGUGUACCGCAAGUGCUCUCUCGUCAUGGCCGAAAGUUCACUCGCGAGUCAGUCGCGGCGAUGCGGGUAUCACGAGAUGUUCCUGUGCAUCUCUCCGACUGUGGACAGCGAGGGGUCAAUGGUGUCCCACUUUGCUUCUUCCACCGUCUGGUACCGGCGCACGAUCACGGAGAUCCCCCUCUGCCCCGUGGCCGACUAUGUGGUGCCAGACCUGAAUGCAAUGACUGCAACUACGUCGAGGGCACAGCGCAUGAAGCAGGCCUUGACUGGUGAGGGUCUCUAUGCGAAGUUGAUCUCCCGGCUGAUGCGCGGCCUGCCUGCCGCAACAGCGAAUGCCCCCCUGCUCCUGGUGGAUCUGUUCGCAUAUGACACAUCUUUUGCCCAGGCCAGAACAAGGAUGUGUUUGGAUGCAGCUGCUCCACUUCCGGCCACGAGGCUGGUCUCCAUGGUGUGGGCUUGCGACGACAAUGGCACUGACUGCCGGCACUCCAUGGCUGAGUAUCUGAAGACGACGCAUUGUCGGUUUCUGAAGGAUUUGGUCAAGAAAGACCACAGGAACCUUCUGGAGAAGUACGACUACGUGCCCAAGGAGUUGACGGAGACCGCCUGCCCCACCUUCGACGACAAGGAUUUCGAGUACACCAUCCCUGUGUCAGAGAAUGACAAGUACUUCCUUCCGUUCCGGCAGGACAAGUUGGAGGCCAUGGCCUUCAAUGCACAGGAAACAGAGUUCAAAAACACAAUUGCAAAGCGCAAUGAGAAGUACAAUCCCGGCGGCAUCCCUUUCAAUCCGCGAAAGAGAAAGGCUGAGAAGGACCUGGAUUAUGAGAAUGAGGCUGCUGGUGGCGAAGGCCCUGUUCUGGCAGCCAGCAACACAUCACUUGAGCAGCUGCCCAAGCCUGUCAUCACGAUUGUACCGGAGGAGCUGAGCAACCCGCCUUUCAAGGUGCUCAUUGAUCAGAAAAAGCAGUUGUGGAUUGAAGCUGUGAAUGAGGGCACUAUCGGCACCAACACACCUCUCCUUUUGGCUUGGGGUUCGUUUCUGACCGGUGCAGAGGUCCAGCCACGGCAGGACAAGGGGGCGAAGUUGUUGACCUUCAAGCUUCAGGACUCAUCGGCUACAGCUUUCUUCUUCCACGACACAUCCGACAGCCUCUCGCCGGGCUUCCAGUCCAAGAUUUGCAGCCUCAGGACCUUCCUCACGUAUCUGGAAGGCCAGAAGAUUCUGCGACCACACUUCGUGGCGCACUCCAUCCAGACAGUGGAGGGCGAGGAGAAGUUCAUCGUGAAGAACACUGAGGUCUGUGCGUUCGAGGCCAAAUCCCUCCCACAGAAGCAGAAACCGGGCUUCCAGAAUGCCCUCUCCAUGUUGGACAUCUUGGAUGUGGGUCAGUAUGCGAAGGUGGCUCACCGUGUGAAAUAUUUGGACACGAAGCAGCAGCAAGGCCUGUACCCCCAGAAACCUGGUGUGUUCUUGCGGCGUUCACUGACACUCGAGAAGGGGAAGCUCUACAAGCUGACUUCUGCUGACUAG